UUCGUUGUUGUGUCAGUUUGAGUGGAUAUGCUUGGCCUUUUGUUAUAAUUAAUGGUAGUUAGAUCUCUCUCUCUCUCUCACUUUGUAGGGAGGCGGUGGUUUGAAUAAGUAGUUUUAGAUUUCGACUUUAAACUUAGAAGAUUUCAUUUGAUAAUUUGAAUGGCUUUUGCUGGUUCUCUCCUUUUCUUUUUCAAAAUAUAAGAAUACAUUUAAUUCUCUUCCAGAAAUCGCCAAAACCAUGAAACAGCAUAAUCUCUUUAUGUUUAUCUAGUCACUGAUCAUUUUCUUUAGGUUGACUUGAACUCACGUUAAUUCCUUGGCCUAAGUUUCAUUCUUGUAAAAAGGGUUAAUAUCUAGCUUCAGCUUCUCUUUUCUCUCUCUCCCUAUGUUAUUUUAGGGUGUUGCAGGCACUUUGACGAUGGCUGAUCAAGGUGGUAACAACAUUGGAAUGAGGGAAUAUAGGAAAGGGAACUGGACUGUUAGUGAAACAAUGGUAUUGAUUGAGGCAAAGAAGAUGGAUGAUGAGAGAAGAAUGAAGAAAAGCUGGGAGGGUGAAGGGAGAGGCAAACCAACAGAGCUGAGAUGGAAAUGGGUGGAAGAUUAUUGUUGGAGGAGAGGGUGUUUGAGGAGCCAAAACCAGUGCAAUGACAAGUGGGAUAAUCUCAUGAGGGACUACAAGAAAGUGAGAGAGUACCAAAGGAGAACAGCUGGAGCUGAGGAUAACCAAGGAUCUUAUUGGGAAAUGGAGAAGAAUGAAAGAAAAGAAAAGAACUUGCCUACUAACAUGCUGCGCCAGAUAUAUGAGUGUUUGGAGGAGGUGGUGGAGAAGAAAGGAGGUCAAAGGGUGGUUCUGCCUGCUACUGCCACUGCUAGUGGCUCACUUCCCAUUCCCAACAUACCGGAUGUUAUGGAUAGACCAAUUGCUAGCGUGCAACUGCCUCCUAUAUUGCAACAUCAACUUCCACCUAUUCCAGCUGCAGUUCCAUUACCUCUAACAGCACUGCCGCAGCUUCCGCAACCGGCAGCUGCUCCUACACCACUAUUACAACCACCUUUUUCGUAUGCUCAGCCAUUGCCCACAGUAGAUUCGGAUACAAGUGAGUAUUCAGACUCACUAGCAAAGCGAAGGAGAAGAUCAGGCGGCAAUUGGGAAGGCACCAGCAGCGGCGCUGCUACUGCAAACAACUCAAAUGAAGCGGGCACAGCAAUAUCCAAAAGUGCUUCCAUUAUAGCAGAAGCCAUCCAGGCCAGUGAGGAAAAUGAGGAGAGAAGGCAUAGAGACCUUGUCAGUUUACAUGAGAGAAUACUAAAGAUUGAAGAAUCUAAGACAGAGAUCAACAAAAGAGGCAUUGAUGGCCUGGUUGAUGCCAUUAACAAGCUUGCUAAUUCCAUCCUUGCUUUUGCUUCCCAUAAAAACCAAUCAGCUCCAAAGUGAUGCUCUUUAUGGUUCCAAUUAUGUCUUAAUUAAAAGUCCCUAAUCUCCUUUAUGUUAGAUGUUUAAACUCUCAUGUUUUGUGCUUAAACACAUACAAGGGUUGGUUGUACUACUACCAAAAGUUAAAUAUCAGCAAACUGUUGUGCA